AUGUCGGCCACAGCCAGUGUAACGGAGCCCAUUACGGCAGGGAACGUUGCGACCCUCUUCCCCGAUGUCGAUACCCAGUUUGGCGGCGCGAGCUCUGCCCGGUUGGGAGGAGAACUCGACGGGUACAACGAGGACCAAGUCAAGCUGAUGGACGAGAUGUGCAUCGUCGUGGACACAGAUGACAAGCCGAUUGCGUCUGGCAGCAAGAAGACUUGCCAUCUGAUGACCAAUAUCGGCCGUGGGCUGCUCCACCGUGCAUUCUCCGUCUUCCUCUUCGACUCGCAGAACCGCCUCCUGCUUCAGCAGCGUGCCACGGAGAAGAUCACCUUCCCAGACCUAUGGACCAACACCUGCUGCUCUCACCCUCUUGCUAUCCCUAGCGAGAUGGAGGCGAGCGGAGCAGCUCUCAGUGAGGCUGUGAAGGGUGCUCGCACUGCUGCCAGGAGAAAGCUGGACCAGGAGCUGGGAAUAAAGGAAGUCCAGGUUCCAGCGGACAAGUUCGAAUUCCUCACCAGGAUUCACUACCUUGCUCCCAGCGGCGAUGACGGGAAAUGGGGCGAGCAUGAAGUUGACUACAUCCUUUUCAUCAAGGCGGAUGUCGACUUGAACCCCAACCCCAAUGAGGUCCGGGAUGUCAAGUAUGUCACACCCGAUGAGCUGAAAGCGAUGUUCAAGGACCCGAGUGCCAAGUUCACUCCAUGGUUCAAGCUCAUCUGUGACGACAAACUGUUCGAGUGGUGGGAGAACUUUGGCUCUGACUCGUUCAAGAAGUACGUCAACGACGAGAAGAUAUGUAGAAUGUAG